AUGUUCGAUGUCAUCUGGGUCGACCCCGACCGCGAGCUCGUCGGCGAGCAUCGCGCCAAAAAGGAAAUAAAGCGCGAAAUGAAGAACAAGGAGAGAGAAAAGGAACAGGAGAACUCAAUUCUCAGCCGCUCCAUUUCCGUCACAAGCACUCGAUCCUCUACAGAAUCUCGUUUUGGUUUCCUUCGACCUCGAAAUGGCAAACAUGCAAAGGGCAAAGAGAAGAUCCCAUCAGGUCUUCUAACUCCUAGUCAUCACUCCUCUCGCUCAAACUCGGGGAGCUAUCAUCGCUCAGCGCUUAUGGCAAACUUGUCGAAUGUUUCCCUCGGAGCAGAGCGAGCACACAGGGCGAACACUCCGGUUUCUACAGAUGCGGCUUCCUCCCACGUUGUUAAGCGCAAGGAAGUUUCGCAGCCUCGACAAUCCGACUUGGAAAACCCGGACUUGUGUUCAGAGGUGUACAACUGUUCUGAGCUAGAAGGCGAUCAUCCUCCUACACCAACGGGUUCAAUGGGAGAUAGAAGCUUCCCUGUCCCGAUACUCCAGCCAGAGUCUCCCAACAGUCUCGUGUCAAGUCUCGAACUUCCGAAAGAACCGAAAGCUCCCAUUGCGAUCAACUUCCGACCCAACAAUCCUGACUCAUGGCGUCCACCCGAAGAAUGGGAGUACAUCGACCGACAAGAAGAAGAGGCCCAAAUGCUUGAGAAUCGGGAAGAUAUCGAGAUGACUGCCGAUGCAGAAGAGACAUCUCAAGCCAACCCGCACACGAAUUUUGAGAGCGUCAAGGAUCAAGUCAAGGUUAUGGCAGCAUCGAGUCCCAGCAUGAUUCUUGCGCGUAUCAAGGAGAUCUGGACCGUCACUGACGAGAGGUUCCAUGGAGAGUUGAACAUUGAGCUGAAGCGAUGGAUGCUUUCUGUCCUGCACUUUCUGGAUAUCGAGGCAAGGGAUGGUGCUGGUGUUGCUUGCGUUGUCGCGAAUACGUCUGACAGUCUUGGGGUACUGGCCCUCUACGAGUCUGAAACUUCGUUCCAAAACAAAGAACUUCCGAGCAUCCACCCGGUAUUGGUCCCGUACAUGACCCCCUCGACACUUCCAAUCGAUCAGCACUCAUUCACCAUCGUAUAUUCGCUCUCGUUACCCGCUGUGUGCUCUUCACCUGAGAUACCAGUGGUACUAAAGAACAUCAGCAACCGUCUUCGAGUCGGUGGUUCCCUUCAGCUCACUCUUAUCGACCCGUUGCCCUGCGCAGGAACUCUCGGUCAUCGCAUGCGAACAUGGCUUCAAGAACAUCUACUGAUCAACCUUGAGCGACACUUCAAAUGCACGAACCCCAGUAGACUGUUCCCAGAAUGGAUGGGUGAUGCUGGUCUUCGUGGCCAAGGAAGUACCCUCACGACCUCGAAAUUCUACGCUGUAUCAGCUAGUAUUCGGAGUCAAGCCGACGACAGCGAUCCGUUCAUAGACAGAGGCCCCUCCGAAAGAGAGGUGAAAGCAGAAGUUCGAAGCAUCAUCGGUCGUCUGCUUUGGAUGGAAGUCUGGGGAAGUUUAGUCACCGGAGAUAAAUGGUGGUGGGAAGACGAAGGCUGCGUCAACGAGUGUCUCCAGCUGGGCACAGUUUGGGAAUACCACAUGAUAGACGGCAUCAAGCAAGGCCAAGAGGACAUUCCAGAAGAGGUAGAAGACCUUGAGGACUUGGAGCACUAG